AUGACCAACACCAAGGAUACCGUUUCCAUCAACGGCAUCGCCGUGCCCACUGGCCUAUUCAUCAACAACGCAUGGGUGCAGGGCAGUGGAAAGCCGCUGACCACUGUCAACCCGUCGACUGAGGAGGUUAUCACCGAGAUUCAGACUGCUACCGCCGAGGACGUCGAUGUCGCCGUCAAGGCAGCUCGCGAGGCAUUCGAGAACACCUGGGGCACCAACGUCAGCGCUCAGCUGCGUGGCCAGCUCCUGUUUGCCCUUGCCACCAAGAUGGAGGAGGCCAUUGAGGAGCUCGCCGUUCUUGAGACCUUGGACGCCGGCAAGCCUCUCGCAUGGGCCAAGGUCGAUGUUGAGGACUCUGUGGCCUGCCUGCGCUACUACGCCGGCGUUGCCGACAAGAUCCACGGUUCGGUCAUCGAGAUUGACGACAAGUCCAAGUACGCCGAGACGCGCAAGGAGCCCGCAGGCGUUGUGGCUCAGAUCGUGCCUUGGAACUACCCCCUGCUCAUGAUGUGCUGGAAGAUUGCACCUGCGCUUGCUGCCGGCUGCGCCAUUGUGUUCAAGGCCGCUGAGCAGACCCCUCUGUCUACCCUCAAGUUCGCCGAGCUCAUCGUUGAGGCUGGAUACCCCGCGGGCGUCUUCAACCUGGUGAACGGUCUUGGAGCCAUCACCGGCGACGCCCUUUCUCGUCACCCGGACAUUGACAAGAUUGCAUUCACUGGAUCCACCGUCACUGGCCGUCGCAUCGCUAUUGCGGCCGCCGAGAGCAACCUCAAGACUGUGUCGCUGGAGCUUGGAGGAAAGUCGGCCAACAUUGUAUUUGAAAAGGCCAACCUCCCCGAGGCUGCCAAGUGGGCGGCUUUCGGCGUAUUUGAGAACAUGGGUCAAUCGUGCAGUGCCGGAUCUCGCGUCCUCGUCCAGGACACCGUCUACGACGAGUUUGUCGCUCUGUUCAUCAAGGCGACCGAGGCCUUCAAGGUCGGCGACCCCUAUGAUUCGGACACCUUCCAGGGCCCGCAGGUCAGCGAGGUCCAGUUCAACAAGAUUCUGGGAUACAUUGAGGCGGGCAAGAAGGACGGCGCCAAGCUGGUCACUGGAGGUGGCCGCCAUGGCACCAAGGGCUACUUUGUCCAGCCCACCGUCUUCACUGAAGUCGACAUGUCUAUGACGAUCGCCAAGGAGGAGAUUUUCGGCCCUGUCGCAUCAAUCAUUCGCUUCAAGACCGAGGAGGAAGCGACCCAGAUCGCCAACGGCACCGAGUACGGUCUUGCUGCUGCUGUGCACAGCACCAACUACGGCCAGGUCAACAGGGUGACACGCAGGCUCAAGGCUGGAACUGUGUGGAUCAACCAGUACACCUUCCUGUCGCAUCAGAUUCCGUUCGGUGGUUACAAGCAGUCUGGCUGGGGUCGCGAGCUCGGUGUCGAGGGUCUGGAGCCGUACUUGGUUACCAAGUCUGUUCACCACUACUACGGUGAGGACUUUGAGUGGCCUAUCAAGCUCUAG